AUGCCUAUAAACAACGCUUCGAGCCAGCCAUGUCGGUACCGAAGUCGAUCUCAUCGCGUCUGUUUUAUCUACGGCAAGUCCCCGGAGGGAUCUGAUCGGCGCAACCCGACGCGGCUCUGGCCCGUGGUCUUCAGAUCGCAAAGGGCCCGUCUAUCUCCAAUCUCCGCCCGCGUUCGAGCGAUAUCGGGCAGGGCCAGCUGUCUCCUUAAUGCUAUGGCGAAUGGAGGAAAAUUGGAGAGGCAUAUGCCCAAUGGUGGGCGAACACAUGCUGAA